GGGGUACCGGAUAACACAGCAUAUCCCAUAGGGAUUGUGUGGGAUGUAAAUCGGACUUACAAGGCGCUAUGGAAUCUUACGGGUGAGACCACAAAUAUCCCCCUAUACCUAAGCUCCCCAAAGGACUGAAUUCGUCCGCACGUCGAUAUAGUAUAAGAUUGCGAGGGUUCUGGUUGGUCAAUGUUAACUUCGCCUUACCUCCGUACCUUUUCAGAGAGAACACAAAGUCACAUAUUAUGGUGACUAUACGUCUGAUGCGGCUCUAAGAGCAGUCCCAUAUUAGCGUGGCUUUCCGAUGGCAAGUAAAACUAUCCGAAGCAAUCUAAAAAGAAUGGUAUAAAUACUAUACUGGCGUGGAUGUUACUUUUCCACAUAUUGACUCCUCUCCCACCAUCUAGACUCUACUUUUACACCCCGAGACUCAAGAUAUUACAUCAGAAGUCCCAUUAUACUCAGUAGAGAAGAGCACACGGCACUAUGCAUUUCUGGGAGUACCUCACCUUUUUGUGGCAUCAACUAACCUUCAAGGCACAACCGCUCCCUGACUCAAUCCGACUCGAUGGACAAACUGCCAUCGUGACAGGCUCGAAUGUUGGCCUCGGGUACGAGGCAGCCAAGGAACUAGCAUCACACGGGCUAUCUUGCCUUAUAUUGGGUGUACGAGACCAGGCUAAGGGCAACGCAGCUAAAGAAGAGAUUGCUGAAGUCUCGCCCGGUUGUAACAUUCAGGUGUGGCUGCUGGACCAUAACUCAUGGGCGAGCAUGGUGGCAUUUGCGGAGCGCGCGCAUACCGAACUUGACCGUCUUGACAUCGUGUUACUAAACGCGGGACUGAAGCGACUCGAAUACAGCCAGUCGCCAACAGGUCAUGAGGCGCAUGUUCAGACAAACUACCUCGGCAUGGCGCUGCUCUCCAUGCUACUCGUAGAGCCGCUCCGGCGGACUGCGCAACUGACUGGGAAGCCUAGUCGAAUGACCAUCACGGCCUCGAGUGUGGCUUUCUGGGCGCCUACAAGAUACGUCGAGAAACCACAAGGCGGGAAGGGUAUCAUUGCUUGGCUCGAUAAUCCGGCUUCAUUCGUUCCUGGCACAAAUCACUAUAUGCUUUCCAAGCUACUCGAUCUGUUAUGGACCCGCGCCCUCGCGAACCGCCUCAAUCCUUCCGACAUUAUCGUGAACAUUCCAAACCCCGGCUACUGCCAAAGUUCGUUUCACCGCGUGGAUGAAGGUGCUCAGAAUUUCUCCAAGUACAUAGCCUUCAGUACUAUUCAAGGCGCGUACCAUUUGACAGAUGCGGCAGUGCAGCAUCCAGAUAGCCACGGAGCAUAUUUGAGUGAGCAGAGAAUUAGACUAGUAUCCAAGUUUGUGUCUUCAACUGAAGGCAACACAGUGCAACAUAAAUUAUGGAAUGAGACGAUAGCGUUGUUGGUAAAAGAGUGCCCGCAAGCUAAAAUCGAGGAAUUUAUUUGAGACGAAUUAUAAGUCUAAUAGAUGUUGGGAAGAAACAUAUUACCUACUAUUACCAACUAGG